AUGCGCGCGCUCACCCUGUGUCUCGCGCUGCUCUCACUGGCGCACCAUGGCCAGGCACAAGCUAUUCAGGACAGUCGCUGCUACCUGAUGAAUGGCGGUGCUGUCGAGAGCUUCUUCAUCAGCGAGGAUACACCCGUCGGCAGCAUCAUUGGUACACUCAGUGUGAAUGGCGACCCGUCCGAGGAGCAGGGCGACAUAUCGCUGCGGCUGCAGGAGAAGGGCGCGGCGGUGGGCAUCGCGCCCGGCACCAAGAACCUCACGCUGCUGCGCGCGCUCGACCGCGAGGAGAAGCGCGGGCCCUCCAACGUGUACGUCAACGUGCGCUGCGAUAGGAGACGAACCACUGACCCCAGCUUCAUCAUCCCGGUGUCGGUGCGCGUGUGGGACGUGAACGACAACGCGCCGCAGUGGGUGGGCGCGCCGUACCGCGUGCGGCUGUCGGAGCUGACGGCGGCCGGCACGCGCGUGGCCGUGGGCGCGCGCGCGCUCGACGCCGACCAGCCCGGCCCGCACGCCACCAUACACUACUCCGUGCUGCCCGGGCCCAACCAUGAGUACCUGGGAUUCUCCAACGAGUUGGACAGCGUGUUGGUGGUGAAGAAACCCCUGGACUAUGAAACUCUGAGUAACUUCACGGUCACGCUGCGCGCUCAGGACGCUGGCACUCCCCCGCUACAUAAUGAUACAGUUCUGCAAGUACAAGUACUGGAUGCUGAUGACCAAAACCCUAAAUUCACAUAUGACCACUACACUGCCACUCUACCUGAAGACGCCAAAGAGGGUACGAUACUAAUGACAUCACCAGGACCGAUAUCAGCCGCAGACCAAGACGUGGGAAUCAAUGCACCGCUGCAGUACUCCGCCACCGGCGAUAAUGGACGACUGCUGGUGGUGGACAAAGAUACAGGACAGAUCACUGCCACUAAGCAACUCAUCGAUGAGCUAAGCCAACCUAUAACUGUUGUUAUUAAGGCGACGCAAGUAGAUAACUCUGACCGCUACGCGCUGGCGACACUGGGCGUCAGCCGCGACGUCGCGCGUGGCGCCGGCGUGAGGUUCCGGCGGCGGCAGUACGGCGCCGCCGUCAGCGAGGCCGCGCCGCCCGGACACACGCUGCUCACUCUGACCACCGCGCCGCCCGCACACAAUAACCUCCAGUUCUACGUGUCGGACCGCUCCUUCCUCGAUAAGUUCGCCAUCAACAGCGCAGGCGAGGUGGUACUACGUCGCCCACUCGACUAUGAGACUGCAGAUUCUUAUCAUUAUCAAGUCAUGGUGACCGAUGGUGUCUCGAACGACACAGCAUCAAUAAACAUAACAGUAUUAAACGUGAAUGAGUGGGAGCCGAGGUUCCGAUAUCCGCAGUACGAGUUCCGAGUGGAGGAGGAUCCGCAGGACGACGUCGAGUUGCUGCCGGUCGGGAAACUCGACGUGUUCGACGGAGACAAGCACGACACUGUCACUCUGUCACUGCGCGGCUCCGGGGCUGACGCGCUGUACGUGAACGCGUCGGGCGCGAUGUUCGUGCGCGGCGCGGCACUGCGCGCGCUCAACUCCUCCGUGCUGCACGUCGUCGCCACCGCCGUCGACUCGGGGGCGCCGCCCCGACAGACAUCGGUGCCGGUGACGGUACACCUGAGCGAGCGCUUGCUCCAGGCGAGCGGUGGCGCCGACAGUGUGUCCCGGGGCGGGGCGGGGCCCGUCAUGGCGGUGUUCGCCUGCGCGCUGGCCGCACUGGCGCUGCUCGUGUGCGCGCUGCUCGGGUACAUUUACAGAGUGCGUCGUCGGUCAAAGCGCAGUGCGGGUGGCUCGGGACCUGGCUACGUGACACAUGAAAAGCCAUUAGCAGAUCCUAUCACCCCUACAUCACACCCAACCAGUGCCACCAGUAACACCCACGUGAGUGGGACUGCUGGGGCCCCGGGGGCAGCGACGACGUUGCCCACCAGUGGCAGUACCGGCGCGCUGCGGCCCGCGGGGUCGUCCGGCUCACUACUGAGUGUGAGUGCGGGGGCCAGUACUAUACUUGCCAACUCUACCUCCAGCCUGGACCUGCAACAAGAGCAACAGACUGUUACACGUGGAGCGCAGCCGACUAGUGUAUCGUCGGGGCGCCAGUCGGGUCGCGGCGGGCGGUCCCGCGUGGCCCCGACGGCCCACAUGAGCGACCACCUGUGCGCGGGCGGCGGGCGGUCGGGCGUGGCGUGGCCGGCCGCCACCAUCCCGGCGCGCGUCAAGAAGCUCAGCUGGGACGACGCCGCGCACACACACGACAGAGGGGAAGAGCUGACGGACGCGACCAACCCCGCGGUGGCCGACCACAUGAACCUCACUGUCUACUUCUGA